AUGCACCCCGACAUUGAACGAGAACUCACCUAUUUGCUGCUCAUCGAGCUACUGGCAUACCAGUUCGCGUCGCCGGUGAAAUGGAUCCAGACGCAGGAUGUUUUGCUCAAGGACCUCAAAAUCCAGAACCUGCUCGAGGUGGGCCCGGUUAGCACACUGAUCAACAUGCUGAGGCGCACUCUGAAGAAUGAGGACUACGUGAUCCACGACAGUGCGUUGGGUGUACGGAGAAAGCUGCUCAGCUACCGCGAUCAUGCAGCCGACAUACAUCGCGGACUCACUCUCACAACAGAUCUCAAGAUAGAGACCGUUGAGGCGCCACAGUCUCUCUCACCUCGAGUGGCGCCUCUGCUGCCUUCUUCCCCUCCUGCGACAGAUGCGGAGGCUCCCAUUCUAGCGAGCAUCCCAGAUGCUUCCACUUCUGCCCAAGAAAUUGUCCUCGCAAUUAUCUCACACAAGCUUGACCGUAUGCUCGUGCCCGACGACCUGUGCAAAUCUGUCAAGCAGCUCUGCGGCGGCCGGUCGACCAUGCAGAACGAAAUCAUUGGCGACUUGGAGCGUGAGUUUGGAAGUCUGCCUGAGGACUCGGAAGGAAUUCAGGUUCAAACCCUCUGCGACAGGCUGCAGGUUUCGCCGGUAUUUUCGGGACAGCUGCGCCGUACAUCGGCGGCCAUGGUCUCCAAGAUGGUUUCGCUGAAAAUGCCUUCAAGCUUCCGCACGGCCCAGAUUCGCGCAUACCUGGAGCGCCGCUGGGGGCUUGGCCCUGGGCGCCAGGACGCGAUCCUCCUUUUAGCAAGCAGCAAGCUACCAGCGCAACGAUUGACCACGCCGGGUGAGGCCCAGUCACUUUUGGAUGGAAUUGUGCAGCCAUAUCUUGAUAAAAAGGGGCUGACUGCCUCCACUCGGGCCAUUGAUCCACCUCCUGCGGUUGCUGCAUCCCCAGGUACCCAGGCGCUCCAGCAGCAGGAGCCAGAGCCUCAACACUUGUCGGCGAUUGAGCUCUUUUCAAACACUGAUGCCGACCUCGAACGUGAUAAGCGCAUCGCCACCCUACAGGGAGAAAUCGAUUCGAUCGUGGCCGAGUUGGGCGACGAGCUGAUCGCAGGCGUGCAGCCACAGUGGUCGGCAUCCCACGUCCGCCACUACGACUCGUACUGGAAUUGGAGUAUCCAGGAUCUCCAUGACACUUUGGGUAAAAUCUUCCAGGGCAGAGCUGGGAUCGACGAUCCAUGGACAUGCUAUCAGGCGCGGCUCAUCGUCAAUCGUGCCUGCCCCCGGCUAUUCAGUGUCGUAGAGUACCUGCAUCGCCAGGUUCUCGACGGAGUAUUUGAGGGAAACGUCGAUGCCGCAGCGGCGUUUCUGAAAGCGUUGAUGACCUCCAGCUCUGACUUGGAAUGUCCUCCAACAAUUCAGCCCUUUGCGCUCCAUGUGUGUGAGCGGUUAACAGCGCCUCGCACCAUCGUCAAACUUAACGGGGAUAUUGAAUACCGCGAGGUCCUUCGCACGGCGAACAGCGGAGAUCACCGCAUCACGCUCAGCGUGAAACACGGCCAGGGCUGGGUUGUUGACGAGCAUCUCACUGCCAAUUUUGCACAGAAUCUCGAGGAUGCAAGCAAUAGCACUGCUGAAACUCCUUCAUUUGCCUCCAAGGUCGUCCUCCUAAUUGGGGCCAGCCGCGGCUCAAUUGGGUCCGAGAUCCUGCCCGGCCUUCUGGUCGGUGGCGCCCACGUUAUCGUCACGACUAACCGCUUCAUCCCGGAGACGAUUUCCUUUUUCCGUGACUUGUAUGUUUCACACGGCGCGCGCGGGGCUCAGCUGCAUGUCGUCUCAUUUAAUCAGGCUAGCCAGCAGGAUGUGCAUGCUCUUGUGGACUGGGUCUAUGACACGCUCGGGCUGGAUCUCGAUCACAUCAUCCCAUUUGCCGCCAUGUCUGUAGCGGGCCGUGAGGUCGAUGGUAUUGACGCUCGUGCUGAACUAGCGCAUCGCAUGAUGCUGGUCAACGUGCUUCGGCUGCUUGGCCAGGUCGCGCAGCAGAAGCGGAAGCGCGGAUUCAGCGCGAACAUCACUCAGGUUCUCCUGCCUUUGUCACCGAACCACGGCGUCUUUGGUGGUGAUGGUCUAUACGCAGAGUCAAAGAUUGGAUUGGAGCCCCUAUUCACAAAAUGGUCGUCUGAAAGCUGGGGGGCGUAUCUCUCUAUUUGUGGGGCGUCGAUCGGAUGGACACGGGGCACAGGCUUAAUGAAGGUCAACGAUCUCGUCGCUGAGGGGAUAGAGAAGAUGGGGAUUCGCACAUUCGGAGUCAAGGAGAUGGCACUACGCCUGCUGUUGCUCAUGGCCGCACCGGUUGCAGAGCGAUGUGAGACUGCUGUGGUGUACGCAGAUUUAACUGGGGGGCUGGAUCAGCAACCCAGUCUCCAGGAUAAACUGGUGGCGCUAAGAGAGGAAAUGCAGCAGGCGAGUGCCGCUCGGAAGGCUGUUCUGGAGGAUCAAAGGCUGGAUGAUGGUGUGAAUACCGCAGUUGAUAACGACCGAGGUCCUGUGCCGCCACCUCUAGCCAACCUGCAGCUGCAGUUCCCCGAACUCCCAGACUAUGAGACGGAGAUUCGUCCACUUGCGGCCAAUCUGCGUGGGAUGGUUGAUCUCGACCGCAUCGUGGUGGUUACUGGUAUUGCAGAACUGGGACCAUAUGGCAGUGCGCGGACACGAUGGGAGAUGGAGGCAGAAGGGCGGUUCAGUCUGGAAGGCUGCAUCGAAAUGGCGUGGCUAAUGGGGAUGAUCCGGCACACUGCAGGCGAUGUGGACGGGAAAUACUACAAUGGAUGGACAGACGCAAUCACGGGCGAACCUGUGGCUGACAUUGAGGUCAAAAGUCGCUACGAGCAGCGCAUCCUGGCGCAUACGGGAAUUCGUCUUGUGGAGCCGGAGCUGGACAUUGGCUGGGGAUCUGACCCCACGCGCCGCCGGCUGCUACAGGAGGUGAUCUUGACAGAGGAUAUGCCUCUCAUUACGAUGUCAAAAGAGCUUGCGCAGCAUUUCCAGGCCGAGCAUGGUGAUCACGCUGACAUCUUCUACCCUGCCAACACCAAGAAUCGUGGAGACGAGGAGGAGGAUGUGCGUAUCCGUCUCAAGAAAGGGGCCACCAUCCUGAUUCCCAAGGGUUUACCAGCUGCCCACGCCGUCGCCGGGCAGAUCCCAACAGGCUGGAAUCCAAAGACGUACGGUUUAUCAGAUGAGAUCAUCUCGCUGGUCGAUCGAGUCACACUGUUCACGCUUGUCUGUGUCGCGGAAGCCCUAUUUUCCAGCGGCCUGACUGACGCAUACGAGCUCUACCGCUACAUCCAUGUUUCGGAGCUAGGUAACUGCAUCGGGUCCGGCGAGGGACCUCUGAACGCCAUUAAACGGGUCUUCCGCACGCGUCACCAUGACCUUCCCGUUGCCUCGGACGUACUCCAGGAGACCUUCCUGAACACGGCUCCCGCCUGGGUCAAUAUGCUGCUGAUGUCGAGUUCGGGACCUCUGCGUACCCCUGUCGGUGCCUGUGCCACAUCCCUGGAGUCACUUGAAUCCGGUUAUGAGCUGAUCUCCACGGGUAAAGCCAAGGUAUGUCUGGUUGGAGGCGUUGACGACCUGGAACACGAUAUUGCUGUCGAGUUUGCCAACAUGGGCGCGACCUCGAAUCCGGCCAAGGAACAGGCACAGGCCCGCACACCUGCAGAAGCAUCACGCCCCACUAGCUCAACUCGUGAUGGUUUUGUCGAAGCACAUGGUGCCGGUGUCCAGAUCCUCACCACUGCCCGGCUUGCCCUUGAUAUGGGCCUGCCGGUACACGGCGUCAUUGCAUGGGCAAGUACAGCCAGCGACAAGGCGGGCCGUUCCAUUCCUGCACCAGGGCAAGGUCUCCUGACCCAAGCGCGUGAGACCAGUCAUGGUGCGGUGCAAACGCCACUGCUAAACAUUUCAUACCGACGGCGCCGGCUUGAGCAGCGGCUGCGGCAGAUCCGCGACUGGGAAGACUCCGAAAACGAUGCCUGCCAGCAAGACGAAGCCACAGGAGACAACGUCGAACGAAAACUUCUGGCCGAUGAACGGCGACACUGGAUCGCUAGCGAGGCCACACGGCAGCACAAAGAGGCUCUUGCCACCUUCGGCCACCAGUUCUGGCACGGCGAGUCGAGCAUUUCUCCCAUCCGGGGAUCACUCGCUGUGUGGGGACUGACAAUCAACGACCUAGACUUUGCUUCCUUCCAUGGCACAUCGACUGUGCGCAACGACUUGAAUGAGACGGACGUGAUUCAGAAACAGCUGGCCCAUCUGGGUCGCGAGGAAGGACACUUGCUCUACUGUAUCUUCCAAAAAUACCUCACCGGGCAUUCCAAGGGAGCGGCAGCCGCCUGGAUGCUCAAUGGCUGUCUGCAGACCCUCAACUCGGGUCUGAUUCCAGGCCAGCGCAACGCGGAUAACAUUGACGAGCGACUGCGGAACCGAAAAUCGUUGUUUUAUCCCAGCCGGACUCUAUACAAGCGCGGACUGAAGGCAUUCUCAGUUACCGCGUUUGGGUUUGGGCAGAAGGGAGCCCAGGCUUUGGGGGUGCAUCCGCGAUAUAUGUUUGCGGCGGCGACUGAAGAGGAAUACCAGAAUUAUUGUAUCCGGGUUAGAGAGAGACAAAAGAGAGCCUCGCAAGCAUGGGCAAAGGCUGUGGCAAUGCAGACAAUCUGCGAUGUCAAGGAUUUGCCGCCAUGGGGAGAAAGGAAUGAAUCGGCAAUUAUGUUAGAUCCCCUCGCGAGGUUAUGA